UUAGUUGAAUAAACAAAAGAAACUGCUCAAAAUUUAAAAGCAAACUGAAACUGAGAAACCGAGGAGAGUGGUGGCAAUGGGCGAACACAGUGAGCAACAGCAGCCGAGUGAGCAAGAAGAACACUUCGAUGUUCUGGACAAAAUGGGUCACAAAACAGGAUUCACUAAACCCAGGAGAGCUGUUCAUCGUGAUGGGGAUUAUCAUCGGGCUGUUCAUGUUUGGAUAUUCGCCGAAAGCACACAGGAACUACUUUUACAGCGACGUUCUGACUGCAAGGAUUCAUGGCCUGGCUUGUGGGAUAUUUCUAGUGCGGGUCAUAUAUCUGCAGGAGACUCAUCCCUUGUCACAGCCAGGAGGGAGCUUCAGGAAGAACUUGGAGUAGUCCUACCCAAGGAUGCAUUUGAAAAAUUAUUUAUUUUCUUACAAGAGAGUGUCACAAAUGGCGGCACCUUUAUCAAUAAUGAAUACAAUGAUGUAUAUUUGGUGACAACGUUGGAACCAAUUCCAUUGGAGGCAUUUACUCUUCAGGUAUCUGAAGUCUCAGCUGUAAAGUAUAUCUCCUUUGAGGAGUAUAGAAGCAAGCUGGCCAAUGAAGAUCCUCAGUAUGUCCCUAUUGAUGUAAAUGGACCAUACAAUCAGCUCUUUGAUAUACUUGCGAGGAGGUACAAAGGAAACGUCGAGAAACGGAGUAUGGAUCUACAGAAGAAGCUCUCCCGCUAUGCUCCUGUCUCGCUCAAAGCAGAGUUAACUGGCCUCACUGAUGCAGACAAAGGGGCAUUGGAGUAUAUUAUAAAAGCUGCCAGGAUAAUGGAUGACAUUUUUCACCUUCAGACUUGGUACAGCAACCCGGCUUUGAGGGAUUGGUUAAAGAAGAAUGCUGAUGUUUCUGACUUGGACAAGUUAAAAUGGAGAUAUUUUCUUAUCAACAAAUAUCCAUGGUCUUGUAUCGACGAAAACGAGGCAUUCUUGACAACUGCAGACUCCGCCAUCAAGUUGCUUUCUGAAGCAACUAAACCAGUCACUGGAUGGAAGGGUCUUAAGUACAGAUCCGCUUUUCCUGCUGAAAAGUCACCUUGCGCUAAUUUUUACCCUUCGGAUAUGGAUAAAAGGGAAUUUGAGUUAUGGAAGGACAGCCUCACAGUGGACCAAAGGCUGGAGGCAAUUGGAUUUUUUAGCGUUAUCAAAAGGCAGAGUGAACUGGACUUAGACUCAACAAAAUCCAUCAAUGCAUCAGAUAACUCUACUCAUCAUCAUGAUCUCUAUGUUGUUCCAUACUCUCAAGAGUAUAAAACUUUCCUUGAUAAGGCUGCUGAGCUGCUUAGGAAAGCAGGGGACAUGACUAGCUCACCAAGUUUGAAGAGAAUGCUUCAUGGAAAGGCUGAUGCUUUCUACACAAAUGACUAUUAUGAGUCAGAUAUAGCAUGGAUGGAACUGGACUCUAAGUUGGACAUUACUAUAGGCCCGUAUGAGACAUAUGAAGAUGCGAUAUUCGGAUACAAGGCCACAUUUGAGGCAUACAUAGGUGUUCGUGAUGACAAGGCAACUGCUCAACUUAAACUCUUUGGUGAUCAUUUGCAGGUUUUGGAGAAAAAUCUUCCACUAGAUGAUGUGUACAAAUCAAAAGAUGUGUUUGCUGCUCCUAUUCGCGUCGUCCAGCUUUUAUACAAUGCAGGGGAUGUGAAGGGUCCCCAGACAGUUGCAUUUAAUCUUCCAAAUGAUGAGCGUAUAGUAAAAGACCGAGGAUCAUCAAUGGUCAUGCUGAAGAAUGUUUCGGAAGCAAAGUUUAAGCUAAUUCUGCGGCCUAUUGCUGAUGUGUGUAUUUCAAAGGAACAACAGCAUCAUGUGGAUUUUGACUCCUUCUUCACUCACAUAAUUUGCCAUGAAUGUUGCCAUGGUAUUGGACCACAUAGCAUAACACUUCCAAGUGGUCGAAAGUCUACGGUCAGAUUGGAGCUGCAAGAAGUCCACUUACCUUUGGAGGAAGCUAAAGCUGAUAUUGUUGGUCUUUGGGCCUUGAAGUUUUUAAUUGACAAGGAUGUGCUUCCGAGUAGUAUGAUCAAAUCGAUGUAUGUUUCAUUCCUUGCGGGAUGCUUCAGAUCUGUGCGUUUUGGGUUAGAGGAAGCUCAUGGUAAGGGACAAGCUCUGCAGUUUAAUUGGUUAUUCGAAAAAGGUGCCAUUGUUCUGCAUGAUGACGCAACUUUCUCAAUUAACUUUGAUAAGGUUGAAGGUGCAGUUGAAAGCUUGAGUAGAACAAUACUUACGGUGCAAGCCAAAGGUGAUAAAGAUGGUGCAAGUAAACUUCUCAAGAGUUACUGCGAGAUGACACCACCACUCAAAAUUGCUUUGAAGAAGCUAGAAAUGGUUCAGGUUCCCAUUGAUUUAGCUCCGGAGUUCCCGAUUGCAGAAAAAAUAUUGCACACAAGCUGUUAAAUUUCAUUUGUUCAACUGUUACUUGUGCUUCUUGUGCUCAAAGCAUAUAGUUCUCUUUCAUUGAUUAGUCCUAUUUCGUAAGAUCUGGAAAGUGUAAUUCAGUAGAGUAUUUUGAUUUUGGCAAUUUUUAAUCUGGUUCUCUGGUACUUGGACCUGA